AUGCUGUUCUGUUGCUCUCUCUCGCCCCCAGGAAUCCAAACUUAUCCGCUCCCACCAUUCCAGCAGCAGAGCAGCUCCCCGCGGAAAGUACGCAGCUCCGGCCGGCACAAGAGCAGCAAGGCCGAGCAUCAAUAUUUCAGGGCGCAAUCUUUCCGGGCGCGGGCCAGGGACCAACCUUUGCGUGCUCAAGCGCAUCCAGAUGGUGGCUACGGCCCUCCGGAGCAAGACCCUGAGGCCGAGGGGCACUCGCCAGGCUCCCCGGACGCGGAGACGCUUGCUUCCUGGUUGCGUUCUUGCGGCACCGUGGCCGAUGUUCGGCGAGUGCACGGGGUUGCUGUGCGGUCGCCAGAUGGUCCGGGGAUUUUUCUGGCUAAUAAUUUGAUCACUUCAUAUGUGAGGUCCCGUGAGAUUUCAGACGCGAGGAAGGUGUUUGAUGAAAUGCCUGACAGGACCGUUGUGUCGUGGACGGCUAUGAUGAAUGGGUAUCUGAAGUCGGGCAACUACAGUGAGGUCGUCAGGCUGUUCUUGGACAUGAUGGCCAGCGGGGAGCGAGGUAACAGCUUGAGUUUCGUUUGCUUGCUGAAGUCUUGUGGUGAGCAAUCCAAUGCUAAGCUAGGGCAGCAGGUCCAUUGUUGUGUUGUGAAAGGAGGGUGGAGCAAUGUGAUUCUGGAUAGUGCCGUUGCACACUUCUAUGCUCAGUGUGGUGAUGUUGCCAGUGCUUCAAUGAUGUUCGAUAAGAUGACCUCUCGUGAUGUCAUCUCGUGGACAACAAUGAUCACGGCUUAUGUGCAGCAUGGGCAUGGGGAUAAGGCCCUUCAGAUGUUUCCGGCGAUGUUCUCUGAGGGAUUUCACCCUAAUGAGUUCACCGUGUGCAGCAUCCUCAAAGCUUGCGCAGAAGAGAAGGCUCUAAGAUGUGGGAAGCAGCUGCAUGGUGCUCUUGUGAAGAAGUUGUUCAAAAAUGACAUCCAUGUCGGCAGUGCUCUUGUUACCAUGUAUGCCAGAAACAGGCAAGUGUCUGAUGCUCAGGCAGUGUUUGAUAUGAUGCCUAGAAGAAACACUAUUACAUGGACUUCUCUGAUCUCGGGCUAUGCGCAGAGUAGCCAGGCUGAAAAGGCUAUCAUGUUGUUUCGACAGAUGAAGACGCGACGGGUGUCUGUUAACAACCUUACCAUUGUUGGUCUUCUUAGUGCCUGUGGCUCCAUAAGAUCACUCAGUCUUGGUAAGGAACUGCAUGCACAGGUAAUAAAGAAUUCCAUUCAAGAGAAUCUUCAAAUUGGGAGUACGCUUGUUUGGUGCUACUGUAAAUGUGGAGAGUAUACAUAUGCUGCACGAAUUCUGGAAGAAAUGCCAGACCGUGAUGCUGUCUCGUGGACAGCUAUGAUUUCAGGCUACAAUAGCGUUGGUCAUAGUGCCGAAGCACUUAAGUCAUUAGAUGAUAUGUUAUGGGAUGGUGUGACUCCAAAUACCUACACUUAUUCCUCCGCUUUGAAAGCCUGUGCGAAACUAGAGGCUCUGCAAGAUGGAAGGAGGAUUCACGGUGUUGUUAACAAGACUCCUGCCUUUUCAGAUGUGUUUGUGGGAAGCUCAUUGAUCGAUAUGUACAUGAGGUGUGGAAAAGUUGACGAAGCUCGACGAGUCUUCAACGCCAUGCCAGAACACAACUUAGUAACAUGGAAAGUGAUUAUUACAGGAUUUGCUCAGAAUGGCCUCUGUGAAGAGGCUUUUAAGUAUAUGUACCUAAUGCAGCAACAAGGGCAUGAUGCUGAUGACUUUAUGCUUUCAAAAGUUCUGACAUCAUGUGGUGAUCUUCAAUGGAAGUCAGACUCCAUCUCUUUUUCUGGCUCGAAUACUGGUUCACUCAGAUAG